UGGCCACUACACAUCAGUUCGCAAGACGCAAGAAAGAUGGCGACACUGAUUAUUAUAAUAAUCGCUUUGGUUACAUUGCCGAUUUGUCUAAUAAGUACAGGCAAGCAGUGGAUUACUAAGACGUGGAUAAAAUGAGCACCUCGACCGAGGAAUUCAUCGCGCAGUUUCGUAAUUUGAACGGGACCACUGUGGGAGAACAGCAGUCCAGUUUACGACGACUCUUAAAUUCCCUAAGUCCCGAGGCAAUUGCCGCUCUCGACUUCUCGCAACUUGUGCCGGCGACGCGCUUGGAGGAAAAAUUGAAAACUGAAGCGCUGAUUUACUUACGCAAAACACCGGAGCUAAUCGAACUUUUAAAAACGGAAGAUCGUGCAACUGCCAAGCGCAUUUUUAAGCUUGGACCGUGGUUCUUUGAGAAAGCGUUUGAAGAUGUCACGGGUUCUCAGUUGGUGAACGAUUUGUUCCCGCACAUCUCCUACAAUGUGAAAAUGAAAUUGUUGAAUAAGCUGGCGGUGUGUUUGCGCAAUGUAGAGCAAGCCGAUGACGUGUUUAAGGCAGUUAGAGAUAAAUAUGGGCUCAAUCUUGCAUUGAAACUUUUACCUGCUUGUAGUUUCAAAACGGCGUUGCCACACAUUGUGUCCGCGCAGAAACUGCCUCCGCAACAGUUACUGUCAAUUGUCAAGAAAUAUGGUCAUCAGCAUCCCCAAGUGUUUGAAACAUUAACCAAAUACAACAUCCCAAAGGACUGCAACAAAGUGCUCGCAUUUUUAAAACGCAAUUACUUUGAGGAAAUUGUGUUGCAACACGAGCAUUUUCAAGCGUAUCAGAAAAUCGGCAAGAGGCCGACUAGGAAAUUUAUUUCUAAAUACAAAGAAGACGUAAUCGCAGACCCCCGAAAGUACUACGAAAUCCUUCACAAUAAGCAAAUACCAAAAUCCCUCCAGCGCGAUUUUCCAAGAUUCUUCGCCAAUCUCUACCCUAACAAGCUCAAUCAAUUUGGCGAAUCGCAGCAGUUGAUAGUAACGAAACUGAACACGUUACCUACCAAAAUCGACGGGCUCAAUCUUUACCUGUCCACAUUUCAGAAGUUGUACGGAAGCGAAAUAUGGGACCACCCCGAAUACGUGACGGAAAACUUGCUAAGAAAUCUAACGCCCGCCGAGCGAGAGUUGCGGCUCAAAGUUGAGUACAAAAAAAACCUCUCCGAAGACGAGUGGAUGUCGCUGCAUAAAACUGCCGUCUCCGUUCCGUUCUUCCUAAAGCGGAUAUCUCUAACUUCGGACAUAGACGCGAGACUGGAGUUGGUCAAAUUCUUGGUGAAUUCGUGCGGCAUUAACGCCGAUCUAGACGGUUUGGAGAAGGUAUGUAAUUACGUACUGAGUCGACAUCGAAACGAUCACAUUCGCAUCCGAGUCGCGUUCAUGACGAGCGUUUUAAAGAACUUCAAAUUGGAAAAACUCAGGGAGGCGCAUUGGACGAGCCUAAACGACAUGAUACAAAUAUUCGAGAUGAAUCAGGAAUCGUUUUAUGACAGGGAACAAUUCGAGGAGGGCUACAUUCAUUACAGACUGCUAAACAAUUUGCCAGUCUUUGACCUGUUGAAAGAAAGAGUGUUGGCGAAGAAUCGCGCAUUUAAUAUCGUCCAGACAAGUCCGCAGUAUGAGAAAUUCUGUUUGGUUACCUUCGGCGAAAUCAUAAACGGAGGCCUUCACAAAUUGCUCUACAGUCACUAUCUUUUCGCCCUGAUUAAUUGGAACAACCGCCAUAGGGACGAUGAGAUGUCGCUCUUUCAAUAUCCGGAAAUGAUUGACGAUUUUCAAUGCGAGAUCGCUAAAGGAGUGUACAUGUCCCUGUCCAUUUCGGAUUCGAUCAUCGGUUAUCUGCUCGCAAAAAGCGAUCAGAAAUCUGAGUAUUUGCGCUUAUAUCUGAUAACUAGUAGCAGUUAUACUAGCGUUCUGGACAAUUUGGUGAAAACGCUUCCGACUGUGGUAGCCCCCCAAAUGGAGAAUGCGCUACAUUUUAUUUUACAGAACGGGCAGAAAUUCACGGUCAAAUUCUGGAGACACUGCCAGUACCUGAGCCAUCUCAAUUUACCUCAAACCGCAAUCGGUCUCUGCCUGGAAAUGAUCAAAGAGAAACCGGAAAACUACCAAAAUUAUCUGCAAGAGCACGCGCUUUUUGCAGUUACGUCUUUAAUGUCCACCGCCGAAUUUGCGCGAUUUGCCGAUGACUUUUCGCCGUCGGAUUCGCACGUGGACCGUGAUAAAAAGAGAUUUGCCGUUCAAAAAAUGAUAUGCAAGAAUUUGAGGAAUUUGAGACAGGUGCGGGAAAGCGCCUCUAUUGCGUUGCAGUAUUGCAAAAGUGACUACUUUAGGUUUGUUCGUGGAUCCAUGUUUUCCGUAUGCGGUAAGAUUAAGGAAGACUAUGUUAGUGUGAUUUUAAAACAGUUGAAAAGCAAAAUGGAGUACAAGCGCUCUCUCCAGAUCGCCGCGCGCGCAAUGCCCUCCGACUGUCAUUACACAAUUCUAAAAGAAUUAAUGGCGAACGCGAAGAAAAUGCACACUCGUCGGUUUCUAUUGAAGACAGCUUUCCGUUUGUUUCUCAAGGACGCCUCGGAUUACCAUUGGGAACUGGUCAAAGAGAGUCUGCAAAAAAUAGACUCAAGGGAUAAGGAGUCGCUAGACUUAUUUUUUCAACCGAACAAAAUCCCUACAAGCUACUUAAUCACAUACCAAAUAUUUGCGUGGGAUUACUUGUUUCGAUUACCAAACAAAGAGGGCGAACUCGAUCACAAGCGUAAGAGCAUAAUAGACUCGGUCACAGACGAGGGAAGUCAGUUACUUCCCGUCGAUUUCUGCGAGAAUAUUAUUAACGGGUAUCUAUUCAAAUCGGACGUCCUCGACGGUUUGCACACUAGCGCGCAGGUGUUCGGCGCAAAAUACGUAGUGAACUGUAAGAAUGAGCGCGAACAAGAGCGCCGGCUCGACUUCGUAAUGAACAUUUUCAAAUAUUACGUCUGCAACAGGUGGAAACGUCGCGAGUUCAGGCAACAGGCGCGGACCAUUUGCUCAAGCUUAGUGCAGACUUUCUGCGCGCCAUUCUUGGAGAACGGCAACAGGGAUAAGAGCAUCUUACGGCAAUUUUACAACAAGUGGCUCGAGAUCGUGCCUUCGCGCGAAGCGUUUAACGACUACUUAUUCUUAAGGCUAACUUUAAUGCGCGCUUCGAAUACUUUCGUGCAGGAGUUCGUGGAGCUUUGUCAGGAAAUCAUCGCAACGUACGGGCUGGUUACUGUCGAUUUCAUCUACAUGGUUUUCAAAGAGGUCUACCUAACCACAGUAGGUGAGAACGGUCGCUACGACAUCAUCGACAAGUUAAUCGGUACCGAGUGUGAGGCUUGCGCCUUAAUUGCGAUUUUGUUAAUUGACGAUAACGAGCCGUACGAUUCUGACAUUGCAAAGCGUCAUAAUUUAGUUAUCGAGAAGUUACAAGGGAGGGAUAAUAUGGCGGUGAAUAUCUUUCUAAAUCGGCAUAUUAGAGGAACCACCAGCUUGGAAUACUAUUAAUUUAUCAGUUGAGUGUUGCCGUUAACAUGUACAAAAUGAAAUGUUUAUAUUUUUUCAUUCGAUAGCAGCUAGUACACAUCCAACUAAAAAUAAAAAACGUUUUUUCUCAGAAUUA